AUGUCCGACAAAUUUCCGGCUUUAGACCAUGACGAACAAAUUAUUCCUGACGAUGUCAGUGAUGAUAACAAUAUCAAUAAUGAUGUAGAAGUCAGCAAUGAUAACGAAAAUAACGAUGAAACGGCUUUCUUGAAAAGAGAAGCAGAAGUGCUAGGUGAUGAAUUUAAAACUGAACAAGAUGAUGAUUUGUUAGACCCAGUUGAUGCCCAUGAAGAAAUUGAAAAUUUUCAAGAUCAGUACCCAGAUAUUAAUGAUGUCUCGGCUGGUAAUGUUGACAUAAAUGAAAAUAUCGUUAAGAAUGAAAGUCAUCUGGAGAGUGCGACAAAAUCUCAACAAGCAACACCUUCUGGUCCAUCUGAAGCUGUUACCCAAUGGAGAGAAAACAGGGCUAAUGCAAUUAGAGAAAAAGAUGAAGCUGAUUAUAAAGAAAAGGCUUCAUUACAAGAGGAGGCCACGGAAUACAUUCUCAAUUUCUAUGAAGAAUAUAAUGCGAAAAAAGAAAAGCAAAUUGAAAUUACACAAAAGGAAUCUGAAGAAUUCUUGCAACAUAGGGACGAAUUUUUUGCUCAAGAUAAUACUACAUGGGAUCGUGUCUUACAACUGAUUAACUUAGAUGAUGCCGAUGUUUUUGCCGGCAGAGAUAGAUCUAAAUUUAAAGAAAUAUUACUGAAAUUAAAGGGUAAGACUGAAGUGCCAGGUGCCUAA